UCACUGUUAAAUUUCCCAUUUUACCCACAGAGAACCAUCUGAGUUAUGAGCAAAACGGAAGGGCAUAAGGGUAAAACAAAAGUUCCUCUUCACUCACCAUAAAAUCAUGACCAUCACAGAGUGUUGGCAAGUACCCUCUGUUCACAAUGGCGGCCACCGCGUCCAGAACUCCAUUUUCUGCUUCUUCCUCGUACUCGACCUUCCCCAAACGCAUUGUCAGAUCCACCAUCCCUCUCUCUCACCCAGCCCUCACCAAGCCCUCUCACGCUCACCCUCUCGCAAUCUCAUGCUCCCACCCCAAGCCUCACGCAGCCACACCAACCGCCGUCGUCGUGUCGCCACCGGCCGCCGAGCCCUUCCUCUCGCGGUUCGCACCAGGUGAGCCACGCAAGGGCGCGGACAUCCUCGUGGAGGCGCUGGAGCGGCAGGGCGUCACCACGGUCUUCGCGUACCCCGGCGGCGCGUCGAUGGAAAUCCACCAGGCGCUAACGCGUUCCCCGGCCAUUCGCAACGUGCUCCCGCGCCACGAGCAGGGCGGCGUGUUCGCGGCCGAGGGGUACGCGCGUUCGUCUGGGCUCCCCGGUGUGUGUAUCGCCACCUCCGGCCCCGGCGCUACGAACCUGGUGAGCGGUCUAGCGGACGCGAUGAUGGACAGCGUGCCGGUUGUGGCCAUCACCGGGCAGGUCCCGCGGCGGAUGAUCGGCACCGACGCUUUCCAGGAAACCCCCAUCGUGGAAGUUUCCAGAUCCAUCACCAAACACAACUACCUCAUCCUCGACGUAGACGACAUUCCUCGGGUCGUGAGCGAGGCCUUUUUCGUCGCCACUUCGGGCCGUCCCGGUCCAGUCCUCAUCGACGUCCCCAAAGACGUUCAGCAGCAACUAGCGGUUCCUAAUUGGGACCUUCCGGUUAAGCUCCCCGGGUACGCCGCCAGGCUGCCCAAGCUCCCCAGCGAGGCCCAGUUGGAACAGAUUGUCAGACUCAUAUUGGAGGCCCAGAAGCCCGUUUUGUAUGUGGGAGGUGGCUCUUUGAACUCCAGCGCCGAGUUGAAGCGGUUUGUGGAACUCGCCGGGAUUCCUGUUGCCAGCACUUUAAUGGGCCUUGGAACUUUCCCAAUGAGCCACGAGCAUUCCCUUCAAAUGUUGGGGAUGCAUGGUACUGUUUAUGCCAACUACGCCGUUGAUAAAAGUGAUUUGUUGCUUGCCUUUGGGGUGAGGUUUGACGACCGUGUCACCGGGAAGCUAGAGGCAUUUGCUAGCAGGGCUAAGAUUGUUCACAUUGAUAUUGAUUCCGCUGAGAUUGGGAAGAAUAAGCAGCCACACGUAUCUGUUUGUGCUGAUUUGAAGUUGGCAUUACAGGGUAUCAAUAGGAUUUUGGAGGAUAUGGGGGUGAAGGGUAAGCUUGAUCUUGGAGCUUGGAGAGCAGAGAUUAAUGUGCAGAAAGAAAAGUUUCCUUUGAGUUACAAGAAGUUUGAUGAUGGGAUUUCUCCACAGCACGCUAUUGAGGUUCUGGAUGAGUUGACAAAUGGAGAUGCUAUUGUUAGCACUGGGGUAGGGCAGCAUCAAAUGUGGGCUGCACAAUUCUACAAGUACAAGAGGCCUAGACAGUGGUUGACCUCAGGGGGUCUUGGAGCUAUGGGUUUUGGAUUGCCUGCGGCUAUUGGUGCUGCUGUUGCGAACCCUGGUGCUUUGGUUGUGGACAUUGAUGGAGAUGGGAGUUUCAUAAUGAAUAUUCAGGAGUUGGCGACUAUAAGAGUGGAGAAUCUCCCUGUUAAGAUAAUGUUGUUGAAUAAUCAGCACUUGGGUAUGGUGGUUCAGUGGGAGGAUCGGUUCUACAAGGCCAACAGAGCUCACACGUAUCUGGGAGAUCCCUCGAGGGAGGAUGAGAUAUUCCCAAACAUGCUAAAGUUUGCAGAUGCUUGUGGGAUACCCGGGGUUCGUGUGACGAAGAAGGAAGAGCUUAGAUGGGCAAUUCAGAAAAUGCUGGACACCCCUGGCCCCUAUCUUCUUGAGGUCAUAGUGCCUCAUCAGGAACACGUGCUGCCCAUGAUUCCCAGUAAUGGAUCCUUCAAUGAUGUCAUUACUGAGGGUGAUGGUAGAACUAGGUACUGAUUGUCAACACCAAAUAUUCCCUCAUGCUUGUUUUGUUCAAUGUAUAAAAGAUAGUGCUUUUCUAGUUCCAGGCUUUGGCCUCUGUAGUAGUUUUUGGUAGCAAGAUUAUGUAUUUCCCCUUUUAUUUAACUUGUCAUAUGCAGUGGCGUCUAUCCCCUGUUUUAUGUACUGCAGCCUUUGGUUUUUCUGUAGUAUCAGACUGAAAAUGAUAUGCAAGACAUACUAUUUCUGUCACAAGUAUAAGCAGAAUCUAUUGAAGGAAGCAGGAUUCAAUCAAAAUGAAAUGAAAACAUGCACAUUCCUCUUU